UAUUUUACCUAUUAUAAAUUAUAAUAUCCGAAAUGAAAUAGACUUUUUAAAAACGAAACACGAAAAUUAAUUUUUUUUUAAAUUAUUCUCUACUAUUAAAUUGUAUAUUACUAUGACGUUACAACUCAUUAAUUUCGAUUAUUCACGUGUUCUUUUAAUGAUCUAAUAAAUUUCAAUAAUGAACAAUUUUAUAAUAAUAUUAUAAAUAAAACAGUCAUAUUUUUAUAGUUACUAUUCAUAAAAUGGCUGGGAAAACACCAUCCGAAAAACGACUUCAUAAAGAGCUUGUUUCACUUGUUAAAGAGCCACCCCCAGGAAUGGUUGUUGAUGCUGAUCAAGCUGAACAAAAUCUUAAUGUUUGGACUAUUAAUAUGCAAGGUGCAGAAGGUACUUUGUAUGAUGGAGAACAAUUUCAAUUACAAUUUAAAUUCGGUAACAGCUAUCCAUUUGAGUCUCCAGAGGUGACGUUUGUGGGCCAAAACAUUCCAAUACAUCCGCAUGUCUAUAGUAAUGGACAUAUUUGUUUAUCAAUUCUAACUGAUGACUGGUCACCUGCUUUAUCGGUUCAGUCUGUAUGCCUCUCAAUAAUUUCCAUGUUAAGCAGCUGCCAGGAAAAGAAAAGACCUCCUGACAAUAGUUUUUACAUAAAAACUUGCAAUAAAAAUCCUAAAAAAACCAAAUGGUGGUAUCAUGACGACAAAGUUUAAAAGUGUGGAAAUUUCAUUUUGUGAAUUUCAUUGGAACUCUCAAUUUGAAUUGUGAUCUUAUUUUAACUGCAAUUCAAUUAAAAUCACUUGUAUCAAAAAUGUAGUGCGAACCGACAUAAUUUUGUCUAAAAAUAUUAUUUUCAUGUAAUUUAUGUUUGGAAAAUCACUAAUUAUAACCUUUUAAAGAUAAAUAUUUAAUAAAAAAAAAAUAGCACAAUCUUUAUUAUGAUCUUUAAGUAAUCAUUUUAAUGUUUUAGUUAUAUUCCUUUAGUACUAUAAGUUUUUAACUAGUAUAUUUGUCGAAUAAGUAUGCAUACUUGAAUUACAUAAAUAACGUACAAAUUCAUCAUCCAUAUACUUCUAAUUGUAAUUAUAGUAUUCCCGUUAAACAAAACCAUAAUUAUAUAACUUCUGGGAUUGUUUGAUAAUAUUACUACUCUGGUUCCUUGAAUUACUUUAUUUAGUUUUUAUUGUUUAACAUUUUAUUAUUAUAUUUUGUUUU